UCCCAGUCGAUCGCCAAAACAAGCCACUUUGGCAAACGCUGCAUGUAUAGGCGUGUUUGAGAUAAUGUGACACAUGACGAAAUAUCUGGAAUAAUCUGCCGGACUCGCCAAAGCUCUCUCCAGGGGCCCGCAAGGUGACCUCACUACGAGCUACUUUCUUCCUUGAUAAAAUGGCGUUGUUAUCAGCAACCCUUUUAGCCCUUGUUCCCUUCACAGUGGUAGUGACACUCUCAACAGGAAGUAAUAAGUGUGUGCCCCGCAACUUUGGCCAUGGCUCUGUGGUGUGUGAGUGUAACUCAACGUAUUGUGACAGUGUUGGGUCAGUCACCCUGCCUCCGCUGGGCCAGUUCUCCUCCUACCUGAGCAACAAGGCUGGCAGCAGGCUAGAGGAGAGCCAGGGUCAGGUUCAUGUGAACAGCACUGGAGCAGGCCUCAGGCUGACCAUCGUUCCCUACCAGAAGUACCAGAGGAUCAGGGGUUUUGGAGGAGCAAUGACCGACGCAGCGGCUAUAAACAUCCUGUCCUUGUCUCCUGGCACGCAGGACCAGCUGUUGAGACAGUACUUUUCCACUGAAGGUAUAGGGUACAGUGUGGUGCGCAUUCCCAUGGCCAGCUGUGACUUCUCCACUCGUCUGUACACCUACGCUGAAACACCUGAAGACUACAACCUGGACAACUUCACACUGGCCCCCGAGGACACCAAAAUGAAGAUCCCCCUGUUGCAGCGUGCUCAGGCUCUGUCUCCUCGCCCUUUGUCUCUGCUGGCCAGUGCCUGGAGCGCCCCUGCCUGGCUGAAAACGAAUGGUGCACUCAUAGGAAAGGGUUCCCUCAAGGGCCAGCCAGGGGGCAAGGAGCACAAAACCUGGGCUCAGUACUACAUCAGGUUUCUUGAGGAGUAUGCCAAACACAACCUGUCCUUCUGGGCUUUUACCACAGGGAAUGAGCCCACUGCAGGGCGGAUGACAAACUACAGUUUCCAGGCUCUGGGCUUCACUCCAGCGGAGCAGAGGGACUGGGUGAUUAUGGACCUGGGACCUGCGCUGCAAGCCUCCUCAUAUCCUGACACACACAUCCUCAUACUGGACGACAACCGCCUGCUGCUGCCUUACUGGGCUAAAGUGGUCUUCAGUGAUGUGCAUGCAUCAAAGUACAUCCAUGGUGUGGCUGUUCACUGGUACUUGGACAGCUUUGUGCCAGCUGAGCUAAGCCUGGGCACCACCCAUCAUCUCUACCCAGAAUACUACCUAUUUGGCACAGAGGCCUGUGCUGGCUGGAGCCCAGUAGACAGAGGGGUGAAGCUGGGCAGCUGGGAGAGGGCUGAGCAGUACGCGCAUGACAUUAUAGAAGACCUGAACCACUACGUGGAGGGCUGGACUGACUGGAACCUGGCCUUGGACCAGACUGGUGGGCCAAACUGGGUCAAGAACUUUGUGGACAGCCCCAUUAUAGUGAAUGCUGACCGUGACGUCUUCUACAAGCAGCCAACCUUCUAUAGCAUGGCCCACUUCAGCAAGUUCCUGUGGGAGGGAUCUCGGCGAGUGGGCGUGUCUGCCAGUCAGGAAACAGCCCUGGAAGUCUCUGCCUUCAUCAGACCAGAUGGCUCAGUCGUGCUCAUCAUCCUCAACAGGUCAUCGUCAGUGAUCCAGUUUGAGGUAUGGGACCCAGCUGUGGGCUACAUUUCCACUACCGCUGCAGCUCGUUCCCUGCUCACACUUGCUUGGAACACCCACUGAUUAAAACAUUCACAUACAUUAGUUUCACCUGGACUACACACUGAAUGCUCCAGUCAUUUCAACAUACCAAAGAGAGAACCUUUAUGGUUUCUCUCAGCACCAAAGCAGUAAGUUCUUUGUGAAACUGCUAACUACUGAAAGUUUUUUUUCUCAACAGCAUUAUGAGACACUCAUCUGCAGUUUUGUUGCUUUAAAAAAGGCUGCAUUUAAAUCAAGCCACUGUAAACAAGUUACCUCAACCCAGCCAUCUGAUUUAUGCUAUUUAUGGUCCUAAAAUUAUAUUUUUAUGCACUGAUUCUAAUCAGUUAAUGUACUUGAAAGUACUGAAUGUAUGAACUUACCAGAGUGGCCUGUGCUGAAGUCUAACUGGUGCCUGCAUUUCCAACUAAUGAGAUGAUUCAAGUGUCUGCACCAUGUCACAUAUCUAAAGAAAUCAUCUAAAUAAUGUACAGAAUUUGUAAAUGCCUUCUAAACAAGUUGCUACAUAUUAUUAUUAUUAUUUUUUUUUUUUCAAAUUUAAAUAAAGCGCAAAUGUUCAUUUUCAA